CGCGACUCCUGGCGAAUCUGCCAAGACAGACUGCGGAGAGAAGCAUCAACGCUGACAGAGAAAGUGCUUCCGCUGGAUCCCCUUCUGAUCAUCUCCAACCUUCCCCCCUACCCUGGACAUGGCGACCGAGAACUACAUCCGGGAGCUGGAGAAGCGUCUGGCCCAAGUGGAGAGCAAACUCCAGAGCCUGGAGAAUGCGAGCAAGGCUGCGGGAUCCGAUGGCCCAGCCGCCAGUACCGAUCUAGCGGAGGGCGCGGAGGAGGAGGAGCAAGCCGUGAAGGAAUCCAAAGACAAGGAUGCCGUGGCGGAGAGCGAGGACGGCCAGAAGGAUUCACGGCCACCGCUGCCUCCCAUUGAGCUCAAAGUCCAGAAACUGUCCUACAUCCCAUUUACCUAUCAUGCCCUCCCCGCCGACAGUCAGCCCCUCAUCGAAGUCCUCUACUUUCCCAACGGUCGGAAGAAAGCGACCGAGGAACGGGAUCAGUUUUCCCGCAUGCUGGAAAGUGCCAGGCCGCAGAGGGCUGUGGAGAUGAUCCGAGAGGCUCAUGCCACGCCGGGCGAGUUCAACAGGGCCCACGUCGCGGCCUGGCGCGUUACGUCCAAGCCGUUGCAGAACCUGCUAGACCUCUUGUUUGAAUCCGAUGUCGGGACGGGCCAGACCCUCUUGUAUCGUCCCUUUGCCGAUCCAAUCUUCUUUUUCGAGGAGGUCAAAAACAAGCUGGUGGGAAUGGAGGCUCAGGGGGAACCGGAUCCUGGCGAUCCAGGGGAAGACCCUUCGCAACCGGCCAACCGGCCGAGUCUGCUGGAGCAGUUGCGUCUCUACGUGCACUUCAUGGAGCAGGAGAUCAUGCCCUUUGCCGCUCUGUUGACGAACCUCUCCGCCUUGGACCCCUGGGAGGUGGGAUUCGACGAUCUCUAUCAUCUCUUUCAGCCCGGAGACAUCAUUGUCUACCCGGGAGCUGCUGCCAAUCAUGAAAUGGCCACGCGCAGCAAUCGGGGCGAUCAGUUGUUGUGGCGCGUGUAUUCCCGAUGGUCGCUGGUCGGGAGCGACCAAUUCGUGGUGAAGGCAUACUGCAUCGACUACGAUGGCUUUGCGUACGUCUGCAUCCAGCACGCCUUUACCAUCCCGCGCUUUGACGGAACUGCCAGCGUCGCGAGUUUGCCGGUCUUUCCCAUUCGGUGUGCCAGUAAUAUGCAGACCCUGCUCGACGACGCCAAGAACCGGGGAGAGGCAUUCCAGACGUUCAUCGACACCAAGCUCGUCACUCACAAGGGCUGGGCAUCGGAACCCAAUCCGUCGGAUCCCACGCUGCGAUACAUCACGGGCGAUGUGGUCGUCGACUUCACCGAGACCUUCAAAGCGCAUCCGGAGGGCAAGCCCACCUCCCAACUCCCUGAUUUCGAAAAAGUCCCGGCAGACCAGGCGGACUUUGAAGACGAGCUGGUGCUGUGUUGGGCCGAUGGGGAGGAGAUGGCCAAGUCGAGAGAAAAGCUGACCUGGUACACCGGCGUGUAUCCCCAGUCUCAACAGGAGAAGGAGUACUGUUCGGAGCAGGAUGCCUUUCUCGCCCAUCUCAUCCACGGGAGGCAGGGACAAUAUCGUCUCAACAACGAGGACAUCUACUUGCUUCCCCGGAGACUCUUCGCGUACUCCCUCCAAGACCGACGCUUCGUGGCCGUCGACGUGGAUAACCUGAACCUGAUCGAGUAUGGGGAGUCCAGGUUUGAGAGCCUGAUCAUCAACCAGGGCCACGAGAAAAUGCUCCGCGCGCUCAUCCAGUCGCACUUCAGUCGCAAGGAGAUCUACAACCUGGCGGGCAACCACAUGACGACCCAAGAUAUUGUGCACAACAAGGGACGGGGCCUGAUCAUUCUCCUGCAUGGCGUGCCCGGGGUGGGCAAGACCUCGACGGCCGAGACAUUUGCCAGCGAGUUUCAAAAGCCCCUGCUGCCUAUUACCUGUGGGGAUCUGGGCCUGGAUCCGGCCACGGUCGAGCAAUCCCUCAAGGAGAUGUUUCGUCUGGCUCAGCUCUGGGAUUGCGUUUUGCUGCUGGACGAGGCAGAUGUCUUUCUGACGGAGCGGAUCCCGUCGGAUUUGAACCGGAACGCCCUCGUAUCAGUCUUUCUCCGCGUGUUGGACUACUACGCGGGCGUGUUGUUUCUGACCACGAACCGGGUCGGGACGAUCGACGAAGCCUUCAAAUCCCGGCUGCAUGUGAGCCUAUACUAUCCGCAUCUGAAACGAACCCAAACGGAGCGAAUCUGGCAGAUGAAUCUCAAACGGCUGCAUGAGAUUGAAGCCGAGCAGAGUCGCAUCACCGGCCAGCCUCCCAUGACGGUCGAUCACUCGGGAAUCUUAGAUUUCGCCAAAGACCACUACCGGACAGGCAAAGACAGUGGGAAGGGGGUCUGGAAUGGGCGACAAAUCCGCAAUGCCUUUCUCAUUGCGUCCGCCCUCGCUCGGUUUGAAAAGGGUCUCGGGUCGCAGGCCCCGAAGCCGUUCGAUCUCCACGCCAGCCACUUCAAGACCGUCGUCGAAGCGGGCUUCGGCUUCGAACGGUAUCUCCAGGAAGUCAAGGGCAAGAGUGAUGGCGAAGCCGCCUUUCUGCAAGGGACCCGCGCGGAUUACAUCCUCUCCCCUCACGGCAAGCCCGAAAAGGACCACAGCACGCUGGGUCCGGAUGUCCCCCGCAGUCUGCCGCCCCGGCCGGUCACUCCGGUCAUGGAUGGAGCCCGCCCGGGUUGGACGGGUGGGCAUGCUGCGGGCCCGCCCAUGUCUGCUCCACCGUACGGACCGUAUGGGGGGACGCACCUCCAUCCGGGCUUUCAAUCGCCGCAUUCGAAUUCUCUCCCCCCGCAGCCACCGCAGUUCCCGAUGGAGUCUGGAGCGUCGUCGAGAUGGGGCUCCCAGGCUAUGAAUAUGGCGUAUGGGACGCCGCAAUCCCCGACGCCUAGUCGUGUGUUGGCGGGCCAUACUCCCUCCCCAGCAGGGUGGCACGGGGGGCAGCCCCAAUAUCAUGCCGACUCGGAUGAUGACUAGACUAUGCCAGACACAAUUGGACUAUUUUAUCAUGCCGAGGCCUAUUGCAGCUAGGCCUUUGCAGAUCACUUUGCUAUUACUUUAGUAAAUCACCCACGUAGAGUUAGAGCUUCUGACAUCAUAUCACUUUGCUAUGAAUAUACUCACCGGGAUAAAGUCAACCGGAAGGAAUGCC